AUGGACCAGCUCUGGGACUGCUCGCUCAGCGAGCUUCUCGGUUCGGAGCUCAAGGAGGAGGCGAUUCGACGGAGCGGACAUCCUUCUGCACCCUUUUUCCUGACGCCUAUCCAGGAGGCCUACUGCUAUGGCCGAGAGUUCAACGACGUGGCGGCUCAUGGCUACAUGGAGGUGGAGGUGCUCGAAGACUUUGACCAGGACCGAUUUGUCUCGGCCUUCCGAAAGCUCUUUGAGCGACAUGACAUGCUGCGCAUGAAGGUGCUUGAGUUGCCAGAUGGGUAUCGGCAGUGCAUUUGCAGGUCCGAGCACUGGGAUUGCGAGGUCAUUGAUUUGACCCAGAUAUCGCCUGAGGCAGCUCUCAGGGAGCUGGACAGGAUGAGAGACAAUUUCUCUCAUGAAGUGAUCCCCAUCACAAGCUGGCCUUUGUUCCGAAUCCGGAUUUCCAGGCGCCGCAACGCAAAGGGCAGUCUUCAGUCCCGAUUACACUUCUCCUUUGACUCGCUGCUUCUGGACAUGAUGAGUCUACGCAUUCUAUUCUCUGAAUGGCAUGCUCUGUAUGAAGGCACGCCAGACCUUCCAAAGUUGAAGCUCGGCUUUCGCGACUGGGUGAUGUGGUUGCAAGAGCAAGAGGCAACCCCCCGCUAUCAGAAGGCCAAAGAGUACUGGGAGCAGCGGUACCAGAGCAUGCCGGGAGCGCCGAACUUGCGGUUGCUCACUAAUCCCAGCACACUCCAGCGCCCACGCUUCCAGCGGUGCCUCAACUUGAUUCCGGCCGUUGUGUGGAAGACCCUGACCUCCUCAGCACGCCGCUGCGGGGUGACUGCCACCAGCUGUUUGCUAACGUGCUUUGCAGCUGUCCUCGCCAGAUGGUGCGACCUGUCGCCCCCGAAUUUGCAGGAGUUUGUCAUUAACCUUACGACAUUCAGCCGGGACCACCAACUGGAGGGCAUCAUCGGUGAUUUCACCUCUGUGGUUUUGGUGGCCGUGAACCACGCUGCCUUCGGGAAAGAGAGCUUCAAGAAGUCCGUGGAGGCGGUUUGGAAGCAGCUCAAGAAGGACUUGAGCAACAGCCUGUACGACGGUGUCCACGUACAGCGUGGCCUGCGCCAGUGUGGCUCUAGUUCGGCUCCAAUUGUUUUCACUAGCUUGCUGAAUUUGCCCCUGGAUGCAGGGGAUCGGGAAUCAGUGGGCCAGAAGUUUGGAGAGGCUGUGUACAGCGUGACUCAGACGCCGCAAGUUUGGCUAGACUUCAAGGCCUUCAUAGCACAGGAUGGAUGCCUGGCAGUGGAGUGGGACUACGUGCCGGACAUACUCUCACAGCAGCAUGUGCAGGCCAUGCACUCUGCGUUUUGCCGUUUGGUGUGCUUGGUGGCGAACGACUUUGAACAGCCCUUGCCGGAGGUCUUGGGGGAUGAGCACCUUGACGCCUGGCUCCGGCUCAACGCCACUAGACGCGAUUGGACAGAAGCCCAAUGCCCCAGCACGCUGCAGGAAGCGUUGUGGCGUAAGCUGGCGCAGGAGGGCGCAGCUUUGAUAUCUGACGGUGAGCGCAGCAUCAGUGUGGAGCAGUUGAAGAACAAGGUAGGGAGCCUGUCGCAGCAGCUGCUCCGGGCCAAUCUCGGCACCUCUGACCUGGUAGCGGUGCACCUGCCAAGAUCUGCAAGCCUCGUCAUCGCCAUCUACUCUGUGGUCCAGGUAGGAGCAGCUUACCUCCCACUAGAGUGUGACCAACCCCAAAACCGCAAGCGGAAGAUGCUGGAGCACAGCUGCUGCAAGGCGUUGAUCCAUUCGCCCGAUGACAGCCUUGGGUUUGCUGGGAUUUGCAUUGGUCUAGCUCCAUCGAUGCUGACCCAGCCAGUGGAGAGUUUUGCUCAACCUGCGCGUGCUCUCCCAGGACAUUUGGCGUAUGUAAUCUACACAUCAGGAUCUACCGGCAUGCCCAAAGGAGUUGCCAUCCAACACAAAGCUGUGAUGAACCGUUUGGCCUGGAUGCAAGAGACUUACCAGCUGACUGCCAAUGAUGUGAUUAUGCAGAAGACGCCUUGUGGUUUCGAUGUGUCUGUGUGGGAGUUUUUCUGGCCGCUUUUUGGCAAUUUCUCCCUGUUCCUGGCAAAACCUGAUGGUCACGCAGAUCCAGCUUACCUUUGGCAUCACAUUUGCGCAGCUAACAUUACGGUGAUCCACUUCGUGCCUUCUAUGCUGCGGCGCUUCAUUUCCGCAAAGUGUGAAGCUGCAACAAAGCUCCGUCACAUCUUCUGCAGCGGGGAGGCCUUGCCCACGGAUCUGGCUCAAAGGACUCGCGAUUUGAUCCCCAGCGCGGAGAUCCACAAUUUGUAUGGGCCCACAGAAGCGGCGAUUGACGUGACCUUUUGGCAGUGCCACGAGGCAGAGCCUGUGUGCAUUGGCCGUCCUAUUUCCAACGUCCAAGUCUUCAUUCUGAACCACGGGCAGCUGUGCCCUCCGGGCGUGACUGGGGAGCUGUGCUUAGCUGGGGUGAAUUUGGCGAUGGGCUACCUCAACGACCAAGAACUCACGGAGCAGGUCUUUGUCAACAAUGUCCCCAAUUUGCUGCGGACGAUGGGAGUCCAGCGCUACUACAGAACAGGCGACCUUGCCAGGCUCAACUGCCAAGGGUGCCUGGAAUAUCUGGGCCGGGCAAGUCGAAGCCAGGUGAAGAUAAACGGGCAGCGAGUGGAACUGGGCGAAAUCGAGAGUUGUCUCCGCAGCUGCGCCUUUGUGGGCGCUGCCUCUGUCCAGUGGCAGGAUGGUAAAUUGGCCGCCUAUGUGGAGCCACUGCCCCACUUGAAGCACCUCGUGUCUGCGCAGCCUGAGAGGGAGAAAGCGCGGCGGGUGAUCGAGACUUUGCAUGAAAGGCCGUUGCCGGAGGGUUUUGACCCGAAGAAGUGCUUGCAGCUGGGCAGGGUUGCGCUUGGUCCACAUCCAGGUGCUGUGGAUGAGGCGCAGCAUUGGAGCCGGCGCAGCAGCCGUCGAUUCGGCCAGGGCCCGACGGAGCUGCAGAAGAUGCUUGCCGUGAUCGGGCAGGAAGGCUUUGCAGAGUUUCGUGGUCCGUUCCUUCAGCUUCGAUUGGAGCAAGCGGCUGCGAUCCUGGCACCGCUGCGAGAGGUCAGAAGACCAGACAGCAUCCGUGGGAAGUACCUCUAUCCCUCUGCGGGCAGCACAUACUCUGUGCAAGUGUUCUUGCUCUCCGACCAUGACGAGCAUUUCUAUGAUGCGCAACGACAUGCUCUCUUGCUUGGGCCGUACUCAAAAAGCUUCUCUCAGGUGUCGCACUUCAAGCUUUGCUGGCGCCCGGAGCUGGCGAAAAAGCUAUAUGAAGACAAGGCUGCAAGGUUUGCGGAGAUUGAAGCUGGUUGCAUGCUUGCUCUUAUCCAGAAGGAGGCCGCCAAGUUAAACUUGGAGAUGUCUGUGAGUCACACGGAGCACGAGGAGCACUUGGCCAUCAUCGGGUUUCGGCAAGCUCCUGCCAGAGCUGGCCAGUCUCUGAAGCCACAGCUUGAUAUCUAUGUCUAUGUGCAAAACUGCGUGGGCUCUACAGCCACGGGCCUUUACAAGUGGGAUCAGGGUUUGAGGAACUUGAGAGCUGUCAACUGGGCUUUGACACAUCCUUUGUGGACUGAGCAACAUGCCGACGCCGCCCGCGUCAUCUAUGACGCUGCUUUCCUCCUCCUCUGCUUCGGGCCCUCCGGGGAGACGCUUUGUGCGGGCGCUUUGCUGCAGGAGCUGUGCCUUGUGGGCGCAGAGUGCUUGGGGCUUUGCCCGCUGGGCCGCGUAGUCUUGCCAAACUUCCCAGAGCAGCGUGAGCCUCUCAUCGCACUUGCCGGCGGCGCCCUGGCCAAGUCACAGAUGGAGAAACCCAAAACCUGGCUAGAGCUGCUGAGGGAGCAUGUUCUUCGCUGCUUGCCGCUCCACAUGCUGCCCAAGGAGUUCUUCUUGGGUGACUUGCCUCUGACCGCCUCCGGUAAGUUGGACACCAAGGCUUUGUGCUCCGAGGUCGCGGAUGCUCCGCUGACGGAAGAGGAGGCACGGUUGGCCAGCCUAUGGCGCACAUCGUUGGGUCUCGGAGACGGAGAUACCGUGGACCUGUGCCGCAGCUUCAUGGAGCUGGGCGGGGACUCGCGCGCCUUCAAGGUGCUUCGAGCGAAGGUGAAGGAGGCAUUUGGCGUCAAUUUGGUUGCAGCACAGGCGCUGGGCUUUGACUUGCGGGAGAUGAUGCAAGCCAUUCGAUCAGAGGAUCAAAGUAUUCCGCUUUCAGAUGAGCGUUUCAAGCACAAAGCGUCUGUGGGUCAGUUGGGCAUCUUUCAGGCAGCCAAGUUUGAGCCACGGGCCUACCAUAUCUACCUGGAGUUGACCUUGUCGGGCUCCUUGGACCUUUUGAGGUUGCAGCGUGCCAUUGACCAGCUUGCCAAAUGCCAUCCUGUUUUGAGUCUCGCCUACAGCGAGCACUAUGACGCCGGAGAGAUGAUUUUGGUGAUGGUUCCAUGUCCCCUUGAGCCGCUUCAGCUGGAGGGCGACAUGGGGGCGCUCAUCACCACGCCCUUCGAAGCUGGGCGGCCACUCUGGCGCGCCCAGCUUCUUCGGCUGGACACCGAACAUCACGUGCUCGGAGUCGUGCUUCACCACAUGAUUGCAGAUGGGGAGUCGUUGGACAUCCUGGUGGACCACCUGACAGCUGCCUACAAUGGCAUUGCGCUGCCAGCGCCUGGCAGCUUCGCUGACUUUGUUGCGAGGCAGUGGAGAGAGCUGGAGGAGCCAGAGGCCCAAAAAAAGCUCAAGUUCUGGGAGGCCAAAUUGGAAGGUAUCCAGCAGACUGAGCUUCCAUUGGACGCAGAGAGGGGCUCAGAGCGCCUUGGCGGCCGGGUGAGUCGCCAACUUCUGGAGACAGACAUUGCAGCAAAGCGCCGCGCCAGCCUCAUCCGGAGCGCCUUUUGCCUACUGCUGCACCAGACAUGCAGUCAGAAGGAAAUCGUUACGGCGAUGGCAGCGUCUCACAGGUACGAAGGUGAAGGAGGCCACGAGGAUCUCAUAGGGCUUUAUGUCAACACCAUCCCCUUGAGGUCCCAAUGGACCAGCGAUAUGGACACGAGCUGCUUCAUCCAGGCUGUGGAAAACUUCCGCCUUGAGUCGUUCCAAUGGCAGCUGCCAUUCCAAUAUCUCUUGCAGAAUCUGCCCGAGUCUUGCAUUUGCCGAGAUUCCUUGGGGCAGCAGCCAAUCUUCCAGACUCUCCUGAUCUUGCUUGACGAUCCACGCCCAGAUGUUAAGCUUCAUGGUUUGGAGCCCAUCCCUCGUUUGGCAGCCCGGGGAGUUGACACUCGCCAUGCAGACGUGGACCUUGUGCCUCAGUAUGACAUGGUCCUGCGGGUGGAUAUCCUCUCAGAUGAUCAGUGGCGACUGACUUUCGACUUUGAUGCCAGCAUUUUCAAGGCCACUACCGUUGAGCGUUUAGCAGAUGACUAUUGCCGGCUUCUUUUCAGCCUCGCAGAGGUUGAGCUGCCACUGGUUUUGGCAAAUCCAAGACCAAAGAGUUCAUUGUCCAAGCUGCUGACGUCGGCGCUUGAAGAUCCCAGGUCCAUCGCCCUGGCGGCUGUUGCAGCCUCUGCCCUGGCGCCGGCUGUGUCUUUUGGCGCACUGCACACCUGGGCGCGCUGCCUGGCGCAGCGUUUGGCGGGCGAAGGCGUGGUCUCCGCAGUGCUGCGCCUGCCACGGUGUGCUGGCUUGGUGGCGGCUAUUCUUGGCUGCCUCCUGGGAGGCAUUACCUUCAUCCCAACAGAUGCCAUGCCGCUGGCACGCGUCGCGACGGUGGUGCAAAACUGCGCUGGGCUCACUUGGCUGCUAACCAGCGUUGACACGCGCGGAGAGGCGGCGGAGCUGGACCUCCCUUGGUGUUGCGUGGAAGACUAUCAAGAUGGAGGCCUAGGUGUGCUGAAGCUCCCGGUGGAUGACGAUGAGAAGGUCGCCUACGUUAUGCACACGUCUGGUAGUUCGGGCAAGCCCAAAGGUGUGGAGCUGAGCCGCGGAAGCCUUUGCAGCUUCCUGGAGACGAUGACUGGCAUGUUGGAAGGCCUAACUUUGGAGGCUCCCUUGGUUUGGCUGUCCUGCACCAGCCCCAGCUUUGACAUCUUCUUGCUGGAGAUUUUGGGGCCACUGCUUCUGGGCGGCACCAUUGUGCUGGCGCCCGACGAGGUGCUCAGGGACGGACUGCUACUGCAGCAAGCGCUGUUGCAGAGCGGCGCGUCUGUGCUGCAGCUGACCCCAGGCCGCUGGAGUCUCCUUUCCAUGGACUUCGAGGAGACCUUUUUGGCACUCUGCGGCGGUGAGCAAAUGUCGCCCUUGCUAGCCAAGUCUUUCCUGGCAUCCAAGGCCAAGGUCCUGAACAUGUAUGGCCCCACGGAGGCUACGAUUUGGGCGACCUGCAAGCUCCUUGAGGGGACCUUUGCCGCGGGCCUGGAGCGGGUAAUCGGCCGGCCCUUGGCCAACACAGUGGCCAUGGUAGAGAACGGCGAGCUGCUCUUGGCGGGCCCCGGCGUGGCCAAGGGCUACCGGAACCUGCCAGAUUUGACCGCCGAGAAGUUCCGCUCUUUCAGGGGCGUCCGAGUCUACGCCACUGGGGAUGUGGUGGAGAGAAUCGGCGAGGAGUGGGUCUGGCUGGGUCGCCGGGAUUCUCAGGUCAAGGUCAAUGGGCACCGGGUGGAGUUAGGUGAGGUGGAGUCCUGCCUGCUGCAGCACCCAUGCGUUGGCGCAUGCGCCGUAGUUUGUCAGAGCGAGGGUGCGCACAGCGUCCUUGUGGCUUUUGUGGAGCUCUGCGAGGCUGUCAGCGACCAGGAGCUGCGCGCUUUUUGUGAGAAGACUUUGGAGUGCUACAAAAUUCCAGAUUUUCGCAGAUGCGCUUUGCCUUUGAACCCGAACGGCAAGAUUGACCGACAAGCCCUAGUGCAGCAAGCACGGCCUCGCACGGCGGAGCGGGAAGCAAGCCAUUGCAGAGCCGCCCCAGCUCGUCCGAUGGCAACUGGCCUGGUGCCUGCUGCAGACGUUGAGAUGAGCGUGCCACUGGCCACGCAAGCCCUGUGGAGAGUGGUGUCGGCACUGCUCGGGUCCAGUCAAAUUGGUUUGGAUGACGAUUUCUUUGCGUUUGGGAUGACAUCGGCACGAGCCAUCGAAGCGCAAAGAAGGCUCAAGGCUGAUGGCUUCAGCCUCAGAGUCAACGACUUCUAUGCUUUCAGGACCUGCAACGAGCUCGGCCCCAGGCUUUUGCCUUGCGCAACCAGCCCGGUCCCUACUCUUACGCUGGCGAUCACAACUGUGCCAAUUGCAUCCUCAGAUUGUGCGGUUCAGGGCUUGGCGAUCCGUGCGGCAUGGUCUGAUGGUCAAGUGCAAUUCUGGGACAGGCUUCUUCAAGGGGCAGACUGUGUCCGAGAUUUCAGUGACAGCGAGCUGGUGCAACUGCAAAAUUUAGAUGGAUGUGCAGAAGGCACUGUGGUGAGGAGCAAGGGGGUCAUUUCCGACUUUGCCUGCUUCGAUGCAGACUUGUUCAGAUUAUCUUUGCAGGAAGCCCAGCAGCUGAGCCCUUUGCAUCGAUGCUUCCUUGAGUCGGCAGUUCACGCGCUCGAGGAUGCAGGCAUUCAAAUGCAUUCUGCAGGCAAGAUUGCAGUCUUUGCAGGCAUGGGGGACCAUGACUACCUGGCUGGAAGUUUUUCAUCUGCAGAAGAUUUGCGGAUCGACUUGGCCAACAGUAAGGACUUUUUGGCAAGCCGGGUUUCCUACGCUUUGAACUUCUCUGGCCCAUCUGUCAAUGUGCAAACAGCUUGCUCUACCGGUCUGGUGGCUGUUGCCUUGGCUCGGACCAGUCUGGGUGACUGUGAUGCAGCUUUGGCAGGUUCCGUGUCGCUGUCGCCCAUGUCAGGGGCUCGCUGGAAGGGUGACAACCUACCCUUCUCCCCCACUGGCCGAUGCCGAGCUUUCUCGGCCGAUGCCGAUGGCAUCGUGGUGGGGCAGGGAGUGGGGUGUGUGCUGGUGCAGCCAGUUGAAGGCUCUCCUGAAGUGUCCCCACAUUGCCAGCUGCUAUGUGCCGCGGUCAACUGCGACGGAGCAGCCAAGUCAGCCUAUCAACACCCUUCUCAAAAGGCUCAAGCGAACCUGGUCGCGGAGACAAUGCAGAAGGCGAAUGUCUAUCCUGGGCAAGUGGACAUGAUUGAGUGCCAUGGCACAGGGACACGAAUAGGCGAUCCCUGCGAAGUGGCCGCAUUGUCAGAAGCUUUCCAAAGAAGAGAUAGUCUCACACAGGGCAACUUCAAGGGUAUUAGUGGCUUUGGAGCAUGUACCAAUGGUGCAACUGCCAUCGGCAGUUGCAAAAGCAAUUUCGGCCACACUGGAGCUGCCGCUGGAAUCGUUGGCUUUAUCAAGAGCUGUCUUUGCGUGAGCAAGUCCAUAGUUCCAGCCACCUUGCACUGCCACCCUCCAAAUGCCGAUAUUGACUUCGAAACAUCUCCAUUCUUCCUUGCGCAGGAGUUUGUGCCGGGCGCGCGGCUAUCUGGGGUGAGCUCCUUUGGCCUGGGUGGCACAAACGCACAUGCUUUGGUUCACGCACGUGUACAACCGCAAGUGGCGAGGCCCACUCAGAGCAACUUCCGUCGUGAGGUCUUCUGGCAUCCAGAAGCGCAGGGUGCAAUCUUUGCAAACCACGGCUACGCGCAGGAAGAGUGCUCUCACCCAUUUCUACAGCACGCUCCGUGGUGCAACAAACGUAGGAUUUAUGAUUGCAAGGUAAGCCAGCCUGCCCAUGAAUGGCUUUGGCAGCAUGCGCCACACGGAAAGGCAGUGUUUCCUGGAGCAGGGUGGGUUGAGCUGUUCAUCACAGCGGCUUUGCGCGAGGGCUUUGGCGACGUGUGUUUGCGCCAGGUCUGGUUUGAAAGGCCGCUACCCCUGGCAGAAGAAUGCCGCUUCCAGAUCAGGGUUGAGCGCGCUGAAGCCGGCUUUGACCUGCGUGCAACAGGGCCAGACGGGGUGCCCACAUUUGCACGUGCUUUUUUGCCUGCUAGCUUUGACAGAGCUGCCCGUGAAUUUCCAAGCUCACCGCACGGUUUGAGAGAAGUUGACGUGACCUCAAUUUAUCACAAUGCGGGGCAAGGCUAUGGACCAGCUUUCCAAACAGUCAAGCAGAUGGAAGCCGAUGGUGACUUUGGUGUUGCCACUGUGGCAGGCUCCCUCCCUGCAGGCUUCUCCAUCAGCCCAGCGCUGCUGGACGGGGCAAUGCAGGUAAUGCUGGGCAAGCACCGUGGUGCUGGGGAAGUUUGGCCCCAAUCCAUCCAGGCUAUCUACUUCCACAACCACUACGAUCAAGGGCCAACAUCUAGUUGCACGGUUCAAGCCCAAUGGAGUGCAGGGCGUGCCUUGAAGGGCUGCUUCUCAUUGUGCUCCGGCGAGGCAGUGCUGCUGCAGGCAGAGGACUUGGUCUUUGCAGUGAGGAAGGAGGUGGACACGGACGGCUUGGUAGUUCAGCCUGCUUGGGAGGAGGUGCCAGCUCCAGACGCAGAAGUCCUCAGCACGCCUUUGCUGGCCCUCGUGCAGCAGGGUGGUCUGGGCGAAGCCUUGAUGAGCGCGGCAGGGAGAGCUAUCGACAGCUUGCCUGCCGCUCAGUCAAUGUCUGCUCUUUACGGCCCCUGGGACUCAGAAAGUGAAGGGUCCAAAGCUUGCAACCUGAUUUCAGAGAUGAGCCGUCAUAAUCCUGAAGAUUAUCCAUUGACCGUUUGGUACCUGUGGAGUCUUGACUGUGGCGGAGCUGGGGAGCUUUCGGAGGAGUUGGAGAGGUGCUGCCAAUGCCUGUUGCUGCUGGUGCGUGGCCUGUUGCAGGGCCAGGCCAAGGUGGCCAGGCUUUUGGUGGUGACAUCUGGCGCCACAGGCCUCAAGUCUCAAGUGCACCUCUCCCAGUCCGCCUUUGUGGGCCUGUGCCGGGCAAUUCAACUGGAGUGCCCGCAGUUGCACUUGACUCAUGUGGAUCUCGAAUUGCACCCAUCAGAUUGGCCUACCAUUGCGCAGGACCUUUUGCGUGAGGGAGAUCAGGGGGAACUCGGCGUGGCGUACCGGAAUGCAUCCCGCUGUUGCUGGCGCCCUCGCUUGGUGCAGCUACCGCGAAUGGUUUCUCUGGGCAUGGAGGGCUGCUACUUGAUCACUGGUGGCUUGGGUGCACUGGCUGCGGAGAUCGCUGAUUUUUUUGCUGACUGCGGCGUGGAGGAGCUGAUCCUCUCCAGCCGUACGGGAAUCAGAGACCGCUCCUUCCCAUCGAGAAGCAGUCAAGUCCUCGAAGGCUUGAAGGGCAAAGGUGUGAAGGUGCACAUCGUUCGCGGCGAUAUCUCACAGCAGGAACAUGUGGCCAACAUUUUCAGGACCUUUGGCUACAUCACAGGGAUUGUCCACGCUGCUGGCAUUCUUCGUGAUCAGUCAAUCCCGGCGGUGAGGUGGAGUGAUUUUUCCGAGGUUUUCCGGGCGAAAGCUUCCGGCGCGUACUGGCUGCACAAGGCGUCGCUGCAGCUGCAGCUCAAGAACUUUGUAUUCUGCAGCUCCAUUUCGUCACUGCUGGGCAGUGUCGGUCAGGCGUGCUACGCGUCCGCGAACUCGUUCCAAGACGGGCUGGCAACGCUUCGGCAUCAGCAAGGACUUGCCGCGAAGUGUGUCAAUUUUGGUCCCUGGGCAGAUGUGGGCAUGGCAGCCGAGCUGACGCUCCAGCCCACGCUCCGCCACCUGCCAGUGCAGAGUGCUUUGGAUGUCUUGGGCCAGGUUCUGCAGCAGCAACGCUUCCACCAACUGAUGGUUGCUGUGAUGGAUUAUCGCUUGCUGGGUCAGCGCUUUCAGCCAUGGCUGCAGCAUCUCGUCUCAGACUCCACCGAUCAGGUGGGCCCAGACGGCCGGAGUGCUUUGGAGCGGCCCAGCCUCGAAGCGCUGCAAAGCGUCCUGGCCGAGUUCUGCGAGGGAGACGCGGACCCCACGACAAGUUUUCUUGACCUGGGCCUCGACUCUUUGGGUCUGGAACACUUCGCGGCGAGGAUCCGUGAGCAGACGGGGCUGGAGAUCCAGGCGACGCAUCUCUUUAGCUACGCCAACCUGGAGAAGCUCACGGAUUUUUGUUUGUGCCUGGAAGCUCCAGGUGUGCAAGCUACGGAAGCGUCAGAUGUAAAGCCGCACGUGUUGGGAGGCAGCUGCUUCGUGCAUGCAGCUGCUUGCGAGUAUCCUUUCGCUGUGCACCUACAGGGCCUGUGGGGCUUUCUUCAGGCUGGACAAGAUGCAGUGGUUCAUGUGCCAGCCCAGCGCUGGGAUGUGGAUGUGGACCAGUCGAUGUACAGCCGCCAUGGUGCGUUUCUGGAGCGCGAUCCCUUUAGCUUUGAUGAGAGGUACUUCGGCCUUGCUCCCAGGGAGGUCAAGUUCAUGGACCCGCAGCAGCGGCUUCUUCUGGAAACCGCGGUGCAGGCGACUGCCACUGUGGCGCUCCCGGGCUCCACCGGUGUUUGGAUUGGGGCCAUGACCAGGGACUUCGGCGAUUCGCUGUGCAAGCACCAUGUGCCACAUGAUGCUUACGCCGGCACUGGCAAUUGCUUCAGUGUCCUGGCUGGCCGGGUUGCGGACCGCCUUGAUCUUCGGGGCCCGGUGAUGACGCUUGCCACGGCUUGCUCUUCCUCUUUGGUCGGGUUGGAUCAAGGCUGCCUGAACUUGUUGCACGCCAGGUGCGCCAAUGCCGUGGUAGGAGGGGUGUCUCUGAUGCUGGCCCCAGACGUGACCAUCAACUGCUGCAAGGCCCACAUGCUGUCCCGCUCCGGCCGCUGCAAAAGCUUCGACGCCAGCGCUGAUGGCUACGUGCGUGGCGAAGGCUGUGGUGUGGUUUGUUUGAACCGGGACAGCCAGAGCUCCAUGAGUCGAGUCCGGAGCUCGCAGACCACCCAUGACGGCAAGGGCCUGGGCCUGACACAGCCCAACCAGAAAGCCCAGACUGAGGUAGUGCUCUCCGCCCUGCGCUCUGCAGGCCUGGCGCCAGCAGACAUAGAUGUUCUGGAAGCCCAUGGCACGGGCACAGCGCUGGGCGACCCGGUGGAGGUUUCGGGUUUGCGGGCGGUUUUCGGGGAGAGGGUCGGCGAGAAAGCGGCCACCAUUUUCCUCGGCACAGCCAAGAGUAGCUUUGGGCACCUAGAGGCUUCUGCGGGGGCGCUGGGGCUAAACAGGGCGAUGCUGUGCCUGCGGCAUCACGCGGUGCCUUGCAACCUCUGGCUGCGGCAGCUGAAUCCAAGAAUCCAGGAUCAGCUGGGAGAUUGGCUGCAAGUUGUUGGUGAAGCUGCCCAACUAGACUUGGCCCGCAACGCGGGUGUCAGCAGCUUUGGAUUCAGCGGCACGAACGCUCACGUUGUGUUGUCAGAUUCUCCAGAAGCCAAAGCCAUGCCAGACGCUCAACCAGUCCUCUUCGAGAGAGGAGCCCAUCCCUGGGCGUUUGGUCCGGCGCUUUUGCAAGAUGCUGGUGCGGCGCUCUCAGAUCACGGCGAUGCAGACUUCCUCUUUUCGACAACUUGGCAAAGGCAGCCAAAAGAGCAACGAAAGCCUGGGCAGAAGUUCAUGUUCUUGAGCUGCCGUGACCAAGGGCAGCUAGAGUCUCGUGGAGACCUGAAGGCCUGCUGGGGACCGGAAUGUCCAGAUCCGCUGGAGGCAUUGAUCCCUGAUUGCUACCACGUCUCUCCAGACGUGCCAGAGAGCUUUGAAGCGCUUGUGAGGGUCAUUGUGGCGAAUCGCUUGGCUGGCGUUGUUGUGGUCGCUUCUUUGGACCUUCCUUCCUUUGAGCCUGACAUGAUGUGCUUGCUUAGCUGCCUUCAUCUGGUGCAAGCGCUCAUGAAGGCCGAUCUGGCGCUCCCCUUGCUUGUCCUGACGCAGUGUGCUGAAGUGGUGGACGGCUCUGAGCGCGUGUGCCUGCCACAUGCGCCGUUGCUAGGCUUCCUCCGCGCUGCUGCGGUGGAGUAUCCUGGCCCCCUUCAGUACUUGGAUGCCGACGAGCAGGAGAUAAUCAUGGGCUAUCCUCGCCAGGCCUUGCGCAGAGGCCAACUCUUCCAUCAAGUACUGGCCAGAACAGAGGUGACCCCGCCACAGAUCUUCUUGGAAGGCACAGGCUUCGUGGUAAGCGGUGGCCUCGGCGCUUUGGGCUUCGAGGCGGCGAGGUUCCUGGCAACCCAAAAAGCACAGCGGCUGCUGCUGCUCGGCCGCAGUGACCGGCGCCUCGGUCAGCUGCAGCUGAAGGAGCUGAACGCCGAGGUAGAGGCCCGUCGCUGCGAUGUGACGAGUGCGCAGGACGUGGAAGACGCCUUGAUACACUUCUUGGAGCAUGGCAAGGUGCACGGGGUCUUGCACGCCGCCGGCUCACCCGCGAGAGUGAAGCUGCUCCGAGACAUGGAGUCUGGGGACCUGGAGAUGCUUGAGACUGGCGCGUAUGGCGCCUGGAACCUCCACAGCAAAGCCGAAGAGUUGGAGAUUCAACUACAACACUUCGUUCUUUUUGCCUCCUCCGCAUCGCUUUUGCCCAUGUUGGGCCAGAGCGCCUAUGCAGCUCGGAACGCUUUCUUGGACCAGCUGGCGCUGUUCCGCUGGCAGAUGGGGCGCCCUGCUGCGGCUGUGAGCUUUGGGCUUUGGGCCGAGGUGGGGGUCGGAGCAGAGGGCUUUGGCCGGCGCCUGGUGCCCGGCAUGGGCAGUCUGACAACCAGGCAGGCGUUGCAUGCGCUACAUCGCGCCUUGGAGUCGCCAGCGCCGCUCCUGGCGGUGCCUCUGAACUGGGAGCAGUUCCGGCCCCACAUGGACUGGAGCACCGCUGCCUUCACAUCCAGGUUUCAUGAGUCAAGAGUCCAGACUUCAGAAUUGAGGGUGCAGGAGGUCAAUGCAUUGGUACGGGCUGCUGUGACCGCCACGAUGGCUCUGGAGCACGAUGAUCUUUGUGAUGAUACUCCCCUGAUGGAUGCAGGAUUGGACAGCAUCAUGUCCGAAGAGCUCAGGGGAGCCCUGAAUGCCAAACUCGGCCAGAACUUGAUCUCGCCGCAGUCAAUGCUCUCGCAUGGCACAAUCAGCCAGCUCCAAGAUGCCUUGAGACAUAAAAUUCAGCUGAAUGACUCCUGGGAAGGCGACCCGGUGGAGUACAUGAAGAGCCAGAUUCACCAUCAGCCAGGGCCGCAGUUUGUCACCUUGCGCCAAGGAAGCGAGCAAGAAAUGACCAAGCCGCUGAUCUUUAUUCACACCAUCAUGGGGAGCAACUUCAUGUACCAAGCUCUGGCUGCAUGGCUGUCAACUCACCAUGUGGUCGCCAUCGACGACCCAAACUUCGGCAAACCUGAGCAGCACUUCCAAAGUAUCGAGGACAUGGCUUUAUGCUACGCUGACCUCAUUUGUGACACAUUCAGCGAGCCGUACCAGGUCACCGGGCUUUCUUUCGGCGGCGCCGUGGCCUUCGAGGUGGCACAGCAGCUUGCACGCCGCGGCAAGCGGGCCACCGUCGUGAUGCUGGACACUGCCUGCCCGCAGCCCGGGCACUUGAAGCUCCCCAACGCAGACCAGGUUUCCCCCAAAGAUGUCAUGGGGGAGCUGGCGGACGCCGCGCAGGACCGAUUUUACCAAGCAGAGCUACGCAACAAUGAGAGGAUCCUCAAUGCCUAUGAUCCCCGGAAGUCCAUUUCAACCGCUCGGGUGGUUCUCUUGAAGGCCAGGGACCUUGACGGCACCAGCCGAACUUUGUCAGGCCUCACGGAUCUUUGGAAUGGUUGGGAGUGGCUAAUGCCAGAGAUGUACAGCGUGCCUGGCUCUCACUUCACCAUUUGCGAGCAGCCCUACGCGCACCGUACUGCUGCAGCCUUGCGCUUUGUGCUUGCCAACGAACCUUCAAUGGUGUCGAAUGUGGAUGCUGCGGAGGGCUUAUGGCUGCAUGCUGUCAAGAACGGGGACCGCUUCCUGUACACCCGUCUCUCGGGCCAGGUCAAGGAGUCUUCAAGCCGACGGGACCUGCAACUUGCAGCUCUUGAGCUUGCCGCUGGCAAUGAUGAUGUGUUCCUGCUGCGGAGGCUCCUGCAUGAUACGGAGUUCUCAAAGGAGGCAUUGCUGACAUCCUGGGAGGCUGCCAAGGCAGCACGGUGCUUUAGGAGCUUCAGCUUUCUGAGUCUGGCGCUGGAAGGGGGCAACCUCGAGCUUGAUGGCUACCAGGAGGACUGCAAUGAGAACAAGAUGCAGCUCUUGAUCUUUGAGCCAGUGCCGGUCGGCAAAAAGCGCGGAAAGACGUGGCUGGAGACCCUGGAGAGCAUCAAUGCCACCGACUCCAUGAGCGGCAAUGAUGCGCCCAUGAGCAUCCAACUGCGCAGGUUGCAGCCAGCAUUCGGCUAG